GCAUCUGAUGUGCUUGAGGUUGCCGAGCUCGUCGUAUCCUCGGACGUGGUCGGCGUCGUGGAGGAUGCGUCGGAAGUGGCGGAAGCUGUGAUUGUGACAGAGCUACUAGUAGCGGUGCUCGAGCUGUCAGCUGCUGCUAUGGUACUGGAGUUGCUCGAUCCUUGCGAGCUACUUGUGGUCUCGGAAGUUAUUGUCGAGCUGUCGGACGUGAUGCUGCUGCUCGCGUCUGGCGUCGUGUACGUCGUUGAUGUCGACGGGAAGAUGGAAGAGAUGGAUGUGGAUGUGGAUGUGGAUGUGGAUGUGGAUGUGGAUGUGGAUGUGGAUGUGGAUGCGGAUGCGGAUUCGGAUGUGGAUGUGGAUGCGGAUGCGGGUUCGGAUUCGAAUGUGGAUGUGGAUGCGGAUGCGGAUGGGGAUGUGGAUGUCGAUGUGGAUGCGGAUGCGGACGUGGAUGUGGAUGCGGAUGCGGAUGGGGAUGUGGAUGUCGAUGUGGAUGCGGACGUGAAUGUGGAUAUGGAUGUGGAUGUGGAUGUGGAUAUGGAUAAGGGAAGAAUCGAGGAUGUAAUACUUGAACUUGAGAAUAUUGAGUCGGUCGUAAACGAUGACGAAGUGGGUGUUGCCGAGGAUGAGGUGGAGCGGACGGACGUAGACGCUGGAGGAGCGAUGGAUGUUGUCGACGGGGAUGUCGAUGUAGGGUUGGAUAUAGUUGUGAUGCUCGGCGGAGGACUGGGCGCGUUGUUAGUGAUCUCCGAACUAGUCGUCACUGGUGUCGAGGUUAUCACCGCGGAACGGCUCAGAGUUGAUGCCGAUUCAAAUGAUGUGGAAGUUGAGGAUGUGCUCGAGGGUGUUGAUGUCAACGAGGGUACGGCGGCAAUGGAAGACGUCGAAAA